AUGGAAAGGGGUUGGCCUGCAGGGGGGAGAUUCCUCCUCUACCUCACUGUCAACCUUCUGCUUCCAGGAAGGUCAGACACUUUCACCAUCAACUGCUCAGGCUUUGACCGGCAUGGGGUGGACCCUGCUGUCUUCCAGACUAUAUUUAGCCAGAAGGAUUUCCGUCCAGUCAUCAACUACAGCAUCCCCACUCAGGUCAACAUCUCCUUCACUGUGUCUGCCAUCCUGGACGUGGAUGCACAACUUCAGCUGCUGACAUCAUUUCUGUGGUUAAAGUUGAUCUGGACUAACCCAUUCAUCAGCUGGGAUCCAGAAAAAUGUGGUGCUAUCAGUAAACUCGCUGUGACAACUGAGAACCUGUGGCUCCCAGACAUCUUCAUCGUGGAAUCCAUGGAUGUGGAUCAGACCCCAGAAGGCCUCUCUGCAUAUCUGACUAAUGACGGUCACAUUGUGUAUAAUAAACCAAUGCGGGUGACCAGCAUCUGUAACCUGGACAUAUUCUACUUCCCCUUUGACCAGCAGAAUUGCACACUCACCUUUAGCUCUUUCCUCUACACAGUGGAAAAUAUGUUGCUGGGCAUGGAAAAGGAAGUGUGGGAGAUAGCAGACACGUCACGUGACAUCGUCCGCACACAAGGGGAAUGGGAGCUCCUGGGCAUCAACAAGGCCACCCCAAAGAUGUCUGUGGGCUCCAGUCUUUUCGACCAGAUCAUGUUCUAUGUGGCCAUCAGGCGCAGGCCCAGCCUCUACGUCAUAAACCUUCUGGUGCCCAGCAGUUUUCUGAUUUCCAUUGACGCCCUCAGCUUCUAUCUGCCAGCAGAAAGCGAGAAUUGUGCCCCAUUCAAGAUAACACUUUUGCUGGGAUACAAUGUCUUCCUGCUCAUGAUGAAUAAACUACUUCCAGCUAGUGGCACUCCCCUCAUCAGUGUCUACUUUGCCCUGUGUCUGUCCCUGAUGGUGGUCAGCCUGCUGGAGACCAUCUUCAUCACCUACCUGCUGCACAUGGCCACCACCCAGCCCCCACCCAUGCCUCGGUGGCUCUACUCUCUGCUCCUCCACUGCACCACCCCAUGGAAGUCCUGCCCCACUGCACUCCAGAAGGAGAAUACCGGCCCAGGCCUCAUGCCCACUCACCUGCCUGGACUGAAGGAGCCAGGGCAGCUGGUAGGGAAGGAGCUGGGGUCCAGAGAGGCAGAGCUGAAUGGGGACUCAGGAUUGACAAGCACCCAGCUAGCUGACUUGUGGGUGCAGUUCAGCCACAUGAUGGACACCUUCCUCUUCCGCCUCUAUCUGUUCUUCUUGGCCUCCUCCAUUAUCACAGUCAUCAUCCUCUGGAACACCUAG